UUUCUUAAAACAAUAGUGACUAUACUGAACAUUUACCAACCGACAGGUGACAAUCAACUUUCAUUAAACAGCGUCGUUAUUGCAGCGGAACUGUUCCGUUUAUUUGUCCUUCCUCUUCUUCUCCGCUGCUACUUCCCCAAAAUUUCCCCAAAUUCUUCGCCGGGAAAACCAGAGCUAAUCAGAAACACACACGCAGAGAAGCAAUGGAUCAAUUCGGUGGAGGAAUGGGAGGAGGUGGAGGGUGGACAAUGAUCCCAAAUAUGACUGCCCACCCAAACUCCCCCGCGCAUUCGAAUCAAGACCAGUACUUCCUCCAUCAGCAACCUACGCCGCCGCCGCCGCAGCAGCAGCAAUUCAAUCAGUUUCAGCAGCAAUCACCGCAGCAGUUAGUCCAGCAACAAUUCAAUCAACAACAAUUUCAACAGCAGCAGCCACCGCCACCACCACAACAACAACAGCAGUUUCAGCCGAUGCAGUCGCCGCCACAGCGUUUGAUUCAACAGCAGACCCCGCCUCAGCCUCCGCCGCAGCAAUCGCUGGCAUCCCAUUUCCGCCUUUCCCCUCUGGUGGAGAAAUUGGCUGAUGCUGUUGAGAAUGGGACUCGAGAUCCGCAGUCUGAUGCUUUGGUUAAUGAGUUGAACAUUCACUUUGAGAAGUGCCAGCAGCUGUUGAACUCCAUCUCCAGCUCAAUCAGCUCCAAGUCUAUGACUGUUGAAGGACAGGAGAAAAAGUUGGAAGAAACUGAACAGUUGCUUAAUCAACGAAGGGACUUGAUUGGCAACUACAAAAACUCUGUCGAAGACCUUAUCAAUUCCGAUCCAUGACUACUUAGUACUUGCUGAGACCUAACAAACAAGGUAUGAGAUGGAAAAUUUUGUUCGUUUUUUGGAAAUGAGAUGAUUUAGGAUGAUGUAUUGAAGAAUGAAUGAAUGACUUUGUGUCCGGUUUCGAACAAAAAGCUAACUGCAAAGGUGGUGAACGAUAUAGAAUCUAUGCCUUUUUGUCAUUUACUCUUCCAUUUCCUCGCUCUUUGGGUUUGAUUUGCAGGUGAGGUCAUAAGAUGAGCAAUUUCAAAUGAACAAACCAAGUCUCGGAAGGAGAGGACCAGUUGUCUUUCCUGUUGUUCGCUAACAACGGUUAAAGAGUCACCAACGUUCAUUUUGUUUUGUGUAGCAGUAAACAGGAGGUCUGAGUAAAUGGAAAUGUAGAACGAAGAUCGAAUGCUGUAGAAAUUUUAUUUACAUGUGUGUAGUAAUGAUAGCUUGGAGUUGUACUCAAGAAGUAGAUGGUAUUCUACUAUUCUGCAUUAUUAUGUUCUGGUAGUCACUGAUGGAUACUCUUCCGGCAAGGAUUGUUAAUUUGUUAUCAAACUCACUUAGGGAUGUCAAUUUUGACCUGAUCCGUUUUACCCGAUCUAUCUGACCUGUUUUGGGCGGGGCGGGCAUGGGUAAUCAUCUCGACUUGACCCGCUCUGACUCGUUAUAUUAUCGGCUCGUUUUUGCCUGAGUUACAUGUAAUUUUAAGUAAAUUUCUUAGAACUUAUUUUUAUUACCUCAUAAUAAAGUCGAAAAUAUGUGAAAAUAUCAAUUUCUUGAAUAAUUUCACUACACUUAUCAUAUAAUAGCUCGUUUCUUCAUUUAUUAAGUGGAAAAAAAUCAACAUUUCUAGAACUCUCUCUUUAAAUAACAUAUCCAUAUGUAUCGAUCAACAACAACCUGCGUUCCAUAAUAAAUUACUCGACCUGUAUCUGACCUUCCACGAGACAAAUCGAGAUACCCUUAUUUUAGUGUUGGCAAAAUUAAUUGAUAUAUAAACCCGGGUGUAUGAUGAAUGUACUCCAAACAUUGGUUUGAUCUUGUGUUUUAGCAGUUAGUUCUAUGUCUAUAAACCACACUGGUGUCAAUCAUAGAGAAAAAUCAUUACAAUCUCAAGUAAUCCUUAUUUCUGUUCAUAGGCAUAUCUUAAAUUGGGUUUAGUGCCUUUGCAUGUCACUUACUCAGUCCACCAUGAUGAUUGGUUACUUGACAAGCAAGCAACAUGUAGUCUUAAUGUCCUUGAAUGAGACCAUUUAACUUGGAACCAUGAACCAUCUCCAACAACAUUAUCUUCUACCAUGGAUCAGUGGAAAAUAAUAACAUGCUAAUAUAAUCAACACGUGCUAAAAUAGUUUUCAAUAUUAUGCAAGAAGAUAUUUGUUUUUAAUUCAUCGAAAAGUAUCCGAUUUAGUUAUAUUGACUGGAAUAGUAACUAAUUAUAGCGAAACCUCAAACACCCUAAAAACAACAUUACUCCAAUCUCUUGCUUAAUUCUACACAUAAUAACCAAAUGAAUUAUGCUAACCAUGCAUUAGCUAUUAUUCUACUCAAUAAUUCAUAAUCCAAAACCAAUCCCAACUACUAAAUAUUUUAUUUUAUU